UGCUCCUGUGAACUUAGUUUUUUAAGGCGGGACGCACCUUUUUUGCAUCUGAUCUUUAUAGUAGAAAUAAUUUAUUUUUAUCAGGCAGGGUGCAAUAACUUACUGUUGAGUAAAACUGCAGGAGAUAAACUAAGUCUACUUCACUGUCUUGUUUCUACACGUGGGACUUCAGUGCAUUUUGUAAGUAAAUCUCCAGGAAACAAACUGGCAUUAAUGUGUUUUUGAAGCGGAUAAGAAGCUGUAAAGCAACUUUUUUGUCGAGGGUGUUUUCCCUAAUAGAAGUUAAAGCUCCACCUCGGUUAAACCCCACCGGUAAAUCCAGCUCACCCUCACUUUAACCCCCGGCACCAUGCUGUCCAGUGUGCGCCGACACAGCCUCCGCCUGCAGACCGAGCUGCACCGCUGGAGCAUCUGCGACCCGGGCAGCCAGCAGCUCACCGACAGCCUCUUGGCCCGGGUCCCCUCCUGCAUCUCCCGCUCCAAGUCCUGCACCAACUCCGCCGGGGAGUCAGACGGGAGCCGCCUGAGCUGGUCGUCCUCAGACUCGUUCAUCUCCACCGACUCCGCCGGGGAGUCUGCGGAGCCCGGCGGCCCGUACCGGGUGGUGCUGUUGGGGGCCAGCGGGGUCGGAAAGACGACCUUCGCCAACAUCUUCGCCGGAGCAGCGGACAGCAUGGACAUCGAUGACUGCGAGCUGUGUGGAGAAGAGGUGUGUGAGAAGGAAAUUGAGGUAGAUGGAGAGCCUGCAACUCUGACUCUUCUUGACACAUGGGAUGCAGAGACUGACAACAAAUGUGCUCAGGAGCCCUGCAUGCAGACAGGUGAUGCCUACCUGCUGCUGUACUCUGUGACUGACCGGGCCUCGUUCCUGCGAGCCUCUGAGCUCAGGAUCAGCCUGCGGUGCGUCCGUCCUGCACAACACACACCCAUCAUCCUGGUGGGGAACAAAUGUGACCUGGUGCGACGCAGAGAGGUGUCUGUCAGUGAGGGUCGUGCCUGCGCUGCUGUCUUUGACUGCAAGUUUAUUGAAACCUCAGCCGCCAUGCAGCACAACGUGUGGGAGGCUUUUCACGGCAUGGUGCGACAGUUGCGUCUACGCCGAGAAUCCAAGGAAGCCAACAGGCACCGCAGGCACAUAAACUAUAACGCACGCAGAGAGAGCCUCCCUAAGAAGGCAAAACGCUUCCUAGACAAGGUGGUGGCAAAGAACAAUCCCAGUGUGGCGUUAUGGCUCAAGUCUAAGUCCUGCCAUGAUCUCUCCGUGCUGUAGGAGCCUGACGGACGCUUUGGUUUAACUCUGCGCCAAACCUUUAAAGCAGACUCCAACCUAGAGAGCAGAAAAUGGUGACACCUGCUUCUGAAGGGCUAAACGUUGGAUGGUUCAAACCUCAGUCCUCAGUGUUCACACUGAGCCAGGUUGGUGUACCUGAGAGGUGUUUGCAAAUGUCCUGCAAUGCAUCCAUAUGCUGCUCUCUAAAGCAGACUGAGUGGAAGAGCACAGCCUUUGCAAUGGACUUGACGCAAAGACUUCAUGUGUUUAUGAGGCAUUAAUGUUGGAGGAUUACCGAUGGAAACUGAGAGAAGGCUGUGAUGUUUCUGUGUUUUGAACAAAUGCAUUCAUAUUGUUCUUUUCUCUCCUGCCUUCUCUCUUUCCUCAUCCUUUUGCUCUCAUCCCUGCCAAACGUGUCGUCUGUCAAAGUGCUGAGAUUACCAGUUGUAAGCUAUUGAUGAUUAAAUAUGAGGAUGAUCAUCUAGUGGUUUCUUUGAUUUGAUUUAUUACAUGUUGUCUUUGCACUCUGUAAUAAAUAACAGACUGAUGAUGUAUUUUGCUACUUGUAUGUUUCAGUGUUGUUUAUUGAAAUAAAGUGACAUCAUCCA